AGCAGGGGCCAUGGCGGAGGAGCCGAAGCCCAAGGCACACCUGUCCCGGAGGCACUGCGAGACGCCCGGCCUGCGCACGCUGUGCAACCUCACGCAGCUGCUGGACAUGCUGCAGGAGGGCCACCGAGAUGACGUCCGGCUCUACACCUGCGGGCACCUGAACCCCAACAAGCUCUACAGGCCCCCAGAGACCAUCCUGCGCCACUGGGCCAACGCACACAGGCCUGAGGGGGCGGCUGGCCCCGGGGUGGGGAGGCCGUGCGCAGGGACGGUGGCCAAGAUGAAGGACGCCCUGGCCUACUUCGCCGUCAGGACGGCCCUGCGCCCCAGCGACGGCCGGGACACGCCCCUGUUCCGGUACCUGAACCCCGUGAAGCCAUCUUCCGAGGACGCCCUCGUCCCUCAGGCCCGGCGGGCAGGGCCCUUUCCUGAGUGGCGGGAGAAGGAGGAGCUGAGGAUGCCGGAGGUGAAGGUGCUCCGGUGCCGGAGGCCGGGGUCCAGCCGCCAGGGCGCCGCGCCCCCCGCCCAGGACAGGUUCCAGUACGUCAGCUCCUACCUGGCCGGCGUCACCAAGGCAGACCAGUACCGGGCGUUCUUGCGUUUCCAGAAGGACGUCCUCGCUAAGCAAGACCUGCUGGAGAAUGACUUCACGGGCAGCAAGGCCGUGCUCGUCCACGAGAGGAAGCUGGAGCAGGAGCUGCAGAAGCUUUGCGUGUGCCCGCACGAGCUCGGCCGGCUGUCUGUCUUCGCCGCCAUCUUCGAGGACAUUUGCAGCAGCUCUCUGAUAUUCGGGGGGAUCUUGAAGGAAAUCAAGGCGUUCCUGGACUACCUCCGGGGGAUGGAGAGGCGGCCAGUGCGGACCCCAGAGGUGCAGCAGGCCCAGGAGCAGCUGCGGCAGCUGGUGUCGGCCGUGCAGGCCGCCCUGGCGCGCAACGAGGGUCACCUACUUGACCAAACGAUUUUUAACUGUUGGCAGAUUAUCAGAAACUACGUGAGGCAGUGCCUGAAGAAGAACAGAAUCAGUGAGCAGGACCAGGAGGACAUCUGGACAUUUAUGAAUGAAUUUGUGAAAGACAGAGACGGUGACUCUCAAGACGCUGGAAAAGUGGCCGAUGAAAGUUUGCAGCCGCCGUGUACGUAGUGUGGAUGUUGGCAGACUCAUAGAUUAACGAAGAUACGUUUCACUGGGUCCAUUGUAGUUGUUAAUAAAGUUACC